AUGAUAAUUGAUAAAACUGUUGGAGAAAUUAGAGGAAUGGACGUGAGAACCCAAAAACUAGAACAACAGCGCCAGAUAAUGGAGCAGAAGAUGAAACAGAAGAGAAUGCCUUCUGGAAUGGUGCAAAUUUCUGAUGUGAGAAACAGCUCAGCAAACCCAAGAAGUGCUAGUAGAAGAGAAUUGCAUGGAUAUGAUGGACCCCUGCAGUAUUCCAUGGGAAUGGACAAUAAUCCUGAUCAAAUAAUAUCAAUUUCAAGUGGUGACAGUGUAGAUGGAAUUGUGGAAGAGUUGACCAACCAUGGGUCCACAGAUCUGAUGGAUAUUGAGGAUGAUGAAUCAUCCCCAAUAGCAACUACACCCAAUGACAAUGGAAAUGUGCCUGUUAACCCUAUAAUUGCAGACAAACCAAAUUUCAUUCAUCAAAAUAAUGGGAUGACGGAGACCGAGGGCGACAUCGAAGGCAACGCUGACAAGUUCGUGGUGCAACCGGCGCAGCUGAAGGUGCUCUACAAGUGUCGCAUCACCAGGGACAGAAAGGGCGUGGACAGAGGUUUCUACCCCACCUAUUACCUCCACCUGGAGAAGGACUACGGCAAGAAGGUGUUCCUGCUGGCGGCCAGGAAACGCAAGAAGAGCGCCACCAGCAACUAUUUGGUGUCCACGGAUCCCACGGAUCUGUCGAGAAGCGCCGAAUCCUUUGUUGGCAAGCUGCGUUCGAAUCUGCUGGGCACCCAGUUCACCGUGUUCGACGGAGGCGUGUCUCCGCGCAAGGCAGAUCCGAAGGAGGGCGUGCUGCCUCGUCAGGAACUCGCCUCCGUCAUCUACGACACGAACGUGUUGGGCUUCAAGGGGCCGCGCAAGAUGACCGUCCUCAUACCGGGCAUGGUGGACGAACAGCGCGUCAUCCUCUAUCCGCAGGACGAGAGCGAAGGUCUGAUCGAGAGUUGGAAGGCGAAGAACACUGGCAAUAUCAUCGAGUUACACAACAAGACGCCCGUAUGGAACGACGAGACGCAAUCGUACGUGCUGAAUUUUCACGGACGAGUGACGCAGGCGUCCGUCAAGAAUUUUCAGAUCGUCCAUGACAGCGACGCCGACUACGUGGUCAUGCAGUUCGGCAGGGUGGCAGAGGAUGUCUUCACCAUGGAUUACAGAUAUCCUCUUUGUGCCCUACAAGCGUUUGCCAUAGCACUAAGCAGUUUCGAUAGCAAGCUGGCAUGUGAAUGA